AUGUUUUCUUGUAGGAUUCAUGGAAGUGAAGCUCUUCGUAACGGUGUGAAGAGUAUAAUUAACCUUCUCGCCGGUCCAGAAGAUCCCGAUCCAAGUUCUGAAUCGGAUGCCCCUGCUCAGCAACCUCUUCCAAUUCCCUCUCUUCCUAGUCCAAUUCCAUUCUCAGACCUCUAUUCGCUCAACAUUCCUAUUGAUCGUCCAGUCAACGACUCAACUAGUCUAACUGCCGCUCGCCUUGAAUUGGGAAAAAAUUUCACCUCCGCACUGUUGAAACCUCCAUCUGAAGUGGUUUCUAACCCAUCUUCAUCACCGGUGAAUACUAUAAAUCUGAUCGAAUUGGUAGAGUACUUCUGUCCAGGAGUGGAUUUACAGGCUGAAGUGGCUGCUAUGGCGACAGCUAAACGGCGAAAAAGACGAGAUGUCGACGAUGCGGAGGCGAAUAUUCAACAUAAAAGAAGGAAGAAGGGCCAAGUGGCCAAUAUAAUUCAGACUGGCAGGUCGUCGAAGAAAUAUGUUGCUCCGAUGCGCGGUCGUGGUUUCAACUUACGUCCAGGUAAUCAAUCUUCUGGCACUGGGCUCGGUGUUGGACUUUCUACCAUUACCCCAGGGCCCAGUUUAUUGGGAGUGGCUGGCGGAGCUGGUGGUCGCACGGACAAUUUUCGUUCUCGUCCGCAGAACACCAGUCGGCCACCCAGUCUACAUGUAGAUGACUUUACGAAACUCGAAAAGGAUGUUUCCAGUGAAGCUGAUCCAAGUGCUAGUCGUGAGGCUAUGUACACGCGCGACGGGGCCCGUAGUAGUCGUGAGUUAGAGUUAAUUAUUAUAAUUACUGUUUUAUUUGAUAUUUCUUUCCACCAAAUUAAUUAA